UACCUGGAACAACAUGAUGGGAACCUGGCAACCUCUCUCCCGCUAAGAUUUUCUUAUUUCCAGAUUCCAGCACUAAUAUAGUAAUAUACAGCAUUCACACACACAGUAAUUGAAUCAGCGGAAAAGCCACCAUUUACAGCUAUACGGUGGCUCGAUCCUUCUUUCUAUUUCGACUCCAUUGGUCACUGACUCACUGUUCCAAACGAUCACAUACUCGGUCUCUCUCUGCUCUUCGUCUUUUCACUGAUUUUGAGACAUUCAGGUUUCACGGUGCAGGCUAAAUGGAGAACUCACCUGCAAAUCAACUUCCGGAGGUGGAUUCGUUGCCCGACGGGUUCGUUGAGAGCUCCGCGGAACCAUUGACUCCUCGAACACCAACACUCGAUCAAGAGAAGCAGCAAGCGGAUUACAAGGACAUGUUAUUGAAACUUGAUCGUUCCAAUGACUCGACGAAACAUGAAUCGUCGUCAUCGGCUGCUGACUCUUCAGCGGCCAAUGAGAUUCCAUUAGCCGAUACAAGAGGCGAUAAGGUGGAAAAGCUGAGAACAUUUCCGGUUCCCUUGUCGGAUUAUGAAGAAGUGGAAAACAAAGGUUGCCCGGAGGUGGGGGAAAGUGGAUUGGUCACUCCUGAACCGGCCAUCAAUGAUUCAGAGUCUUCAUCCACGGUACCCGAGUGUGACAAAUAUAUAGCAGGUUCAGCUCAUGGAAACGAACACGUUGAGGGGGAUGGGGACCUUCAAGGUUCGGAGAAAGGGUUGUUGAAGCCACAAGAUGGAAAUUUGAAGGAAACAUCAGUAGCCGAAAGCAAUGAAACUCAGAGGAACAGAAAGCUAGAAGCCUUUGAAACAAAACGCAAGAAUGCAAAACGAAGCUUGAAGUCGGAUAAGGAGUUAUUAGAGUUCACCAUGAAGUAUCAACAAGUUGUUGCAGAAAGAGAUGCAGCCAUUGCUGUCAGAGAUAAGCUUGAGUCAUUAUGUAGGGAGUUACAACGUCAGAACAAAAUGCUCAUGGAUGAAUGCAAAAGAGUAUCAACAGAGGGGCAGAAUAUGAGAUUAGAUUUGUCAACCAAAUUUCAUGAUGCAAUUAAGGAUGUCAGUAAUAAGCUUGAACAACAAAAGGAUGAAUGUCUCUCUCAAUUCAAGGAUAAUGAGAUGUUGAGGAACAAAUUAAAACAACUUGCUGACCAAUAUGCCGUGUCUGAACAGCAAUUCACGCAGAAGCUAAAGCAGAAAACAUUGGAACUUCAGCUUGCUGAUUUAAAACUUCAGCAACAUGAAGAAAAGUUGGCUCAGGAACAAUCCCAGAUGAAAUUGUAUGCCGAACAGGUGUCACAGCUAUUGUCAACUGAAAAGAAUUUGCGCUUGCAGUUGGCAGCUGAUGGAGAAAAGUUUCAACAAUUCCAGGAUGCAUUGAUGAAAAGUAAUGAAGUAUUUGAAACAUUUAAGCAAGAAAUUGAGAAGAUGGCAAAAUCAAUAAAGGAACUCAAGAAGGAAAAUGUCUUCUUGAAGAGCAAAUGUGAAAAGUCAGAUUUUACACUCAUAGAACUUGUUGAGGAGCGUGAACAAUUUAAGAAGCAGAUAGAGAAACUAAAGAAUCAGAAGGAAAAGCUUGAAUCCUUGUGCCGGUCAUUACAGGCAGAAAGGAAACAAACUUCAGUUGGGAGCAACAAUUCCGAUAUUCCAACUUGAGUAAAUGGAGUUUCUCCAGUUAAUGAUCCUGAAUGAUUCAUCGAACUUUCUUCACUUGUCUACAAGAAAUAUUGCUACACUGGUUUCCUGGAAAAGGGUACUGCAAGCUAACUUAUAUUGAGAUAAUGAUAUGCAUAUAUCUUUUUUCUGCCAUUUUCUUUAUCUGGAUAUAAGCAUAUAUUGUUUUAGUUUACCAAUAUUAAUUAACUACUUGAUAUAUUGUUUAA